AGGUUCAUUGCCAGGCCGUGUGCUUUAAGUCUCAAAAUCCAAGCCAAUGGACCCCAGAGAGCUCAGCCUAACGCCAUCUUGGAGAAAGUCUUCACUGCUAUCACAAAGCACCCAGAUGAGAAGCGGUUGGAAGGGCUGUCCAAGCAGCUGGACUGGGACGUGCACACCAUUCAGCGGUGGUUCCGCCAACGCAGGAAUCAUGAGAAGCCCAGCGUCCUUACCAAAUUCUGUGAGAGCAUGUGGAAGUUCACCUUUUAUCUUUAUAUAUUCUCGUACGGUGUGCGGUUCCUGAAGAAGGUCCCUUGGCUUUGGGAUACAAGACACUGUUGGUACAGCUACCCUUACCAGCCUCUCCCCUCCGAUCUCCAUUACUACUACAUCGUGGAGCUGGCCUUCUACUGGUCCUUGAUCUUCUCACAGUUUACGGACAUCAAACGAAAGGACUUUGCCAUUAUGUUCCUGCACCACACUGCAACAAUAGCGCUGCUAAUGUUCUCGUACAUCAACAACAUGGUGCGUGUCGGUACACUAGUCAUGUGCCUUCACGACGCAUCCGACUUUCUGUUGGAGGCAGCUAAGAUGGCAAACUAUGCCAAAUGUCAAAGGCUGUGCGAGCUGCUGUUUGUAAUAUUUAGUUUGGUCUUCAUAAGUACCAGGCUGGGUCUUUACCCAAUAUGGAUAUUAAACACCACCUUGUUUGAAAGUUGGGAGAUAGUUGGUCCCUAUCCAUCCUGGUGGGUCUUCAACCUGCUGCUGUUGUUGCUGCAGCUACUGCACAGCUUCUGGUCGUACCUCAUCGUCAGGACUGCUUGUCGAGCCCUCGCUAGAGGCAAGUCUGGGAAGUGGAACCCUUUGCAUGUGUUGAAGGACGACCAAAGUGACAUUGAAUCCAGCUCUGACGAAGAAGAUUCCACAGGAUCGGCUGCAAAUCGCAGGUACAUCGGUGCCACGAACGUCACCAACGGAUACCUUAGCGGCGGAGUCUAUUUAGAGGAGCACUAGCCCCUUGGCCGGGGAAUGCUGUACAGUGUUGUGGAUCUGGUCAUUCUAAGCAUUGCACGGACAGGCUGGCAACUCUACCCUGGGAGUAUCUCACCAAAUGUGUUUCGAUGCAUUCUAUUCAUGUCUCUCCAUGUCACACGAAGGUUUAGGAAUAUCAAACUCAUCCGGAUAGUGCACUGCCGUCACCUGUAUGAGAAUGAAUGGCAAUAAACUUGUUGAUGUGGGCAUGCCCUGUAUGUAAUGUCGUCCAGCGCAAAAUGGGAACAGUAUUUUCAUAUGUAUUGUCUUUGUAUAUUACAUUAUUUAUUUUUAUAUGUUUGAGAUUUGUGGGAAAAGGGGAAGUGUUCAGUGUUUUGCUCUUUGGGAAGAGUAGAGCCAUUUUAGAUAAUCAUGUUAUGCGCUGCUCCAACUGCUGCAGACCUGUCUUACGCAGUGGGUCACGUCUAGUUAUCCACUCCUGUGGUUUAGGCAGCACUCAUAGUGAUAUGUUUUAGUGCUUUUGUUUGGUGUCUUUCUACUUCUUUUAUUUCAAUGGUUCCUUUGGUCUGAUGUUUUGCACAAAGGUCUUUUUGUCCCCAGUGAAAGUCAAAAUCAAAAUCGCUUGAGAUGACGAGUUAAACCUUCUGGCAAGAUUGCUUUCAGUAUAUUUCUGGUGAACCUCACACCACUUCUGAACUUCUGACACUGAUUCCUGAUCAAUAAAAGCCGUCGUCCUGUGCCACACCAA